CAAACCGGAAAUCUUCAUCUCCUCCUUUCACUUCUCUUUGACUCCUGAUCCCGCCAACAUGUGGACGUCAACCUGCGGGUUGUCGGGCAAGCCCCUGCAGUGGGCCAUCACCUUCACGGCCGUCAUGGGUUUCUCGCUUUUCGGUUACAACCAGGGUAUGAUGUCUGGUAUCAUUGCCGGUGACGAGUUCGUCAAGGACUUCCCCGUUCUGAAGAUGCCCGAUGGCGCCGACUCGAACCACAUGAUCGACGUCUACAAGCACAUCAACGUUCUGCGUGGUGGUGUCACCUCCUGCUACGAAAUCGGCUGUUUCUUCGGUGCCCUCUUCUCCAUGUUCUACGGUGAGGUCAUUGGCCGCACUCGCCUGAUUGUCAUGGGUGCCACCAUCCUCAUCAUUGGCGCCACCAUCUCUUGCGCUUCCUUUGGCCCCCAGUGGGGUCUCGGCCAGUUCGUUGUCGGCCGUGUUAUCUCUGGUAUUGGCAACGGUCUCAACACUGCUACCAUCCCGGUCUGGCAGUCGGAGUGUUCGUCCUCACAUAACCGUGGUCUACUUGUUUGCUUUGAGGGUGCACUGAUUGCGGUUGGUACCUUUAUUGCCUACUGGGUUGUCUUUGGCCUCUCCUACGUCGACCAGUCUGUGCAGUGGCGUUUCCCUGUUGCGCUUCAAAUCCUCUUUGCUCUAAUUGUCGUGUUUGGUGCUUUGACACUCCCUGACUCCCCCCGUUGGUUUGUUAUGCGCGGUUAUAGCAAGGAGGCCUGCGAGGUUCUUGGCAAGCUCAAGCGCGAGCCUGCCGACUCGGAUGUUAUUCUUAGCGAGUUUAACUUCAUGAAGGCGGAUGUUGAAAUGACCCGUGCUUCUCAGGCGAGCUGGAAGGUCAUUUUUACCGGCGGCAAGACUCAGGAAUUCCAGCGUCUUCUCCUUGGUUGUGCUGGUCAGUUCUUCCAGCAGUUCACUGGUUGCAAUGCUGCCAUCUACUACUCCACCCUGCUCUUCGAGGAAAACCUGAAACUUGACCACCGUAUGGCUCUGACUAUGGGUGGUGUCUUUGCUACUGUCUAUGCUCUUGCCACUAUCCCCUCAUUCUUCAUGAUUGAGAGAGUCGGUCGUCGUAAUCUCUAUCUAUUUGGUUGGUUUGGUCAGGGUUUGUCCUUUGUUAUCACAUUUGCUUGCUUGAUUAAAGAGACUGAGGAGAACUCGAAGGGGGCUAUUGUUGGCAUCUUUCUCUUUAUUGUCAUCUUUGCUUUUACUAUCCUGCCUCUGCCCUGGAUCUACCCUCCUGAGAUCAAUCCUCUCCGGACCCGUACUGCCGGUGCCGCCGCCUCCACUUGUACUAACUGGAUCACCAACUUCGCUGUUGUCAUGUUCACUCCUCUCUUUGCUGCCACCUCCUCCUGGGGUGUCUAUCUCUUCUUUGCUAUUAUGAACUUUAUCGCCGUCCCGAUCAGCUACUUCUUCAUUGUGGAGACUGCUGGUCGUGAACUCGAGGAAAUCGACAUCAUCUACGCCAAGGCCCAUGUCGAGAAACGCUGGCCCUUCAAGGUUGCCCAGGAAUUGCCCAAGCUCAGUAUGGCCGAGAUUACCCAGCAGUGCCAGGCGCUUGGACUCGACACCAACACUGUCGCCCCCCACCAGAGCGAGAUCGGCCUCGGCAGCGGCUCUUCCAAGGACGAGGUCCAGGAGAAGCAGGGCGGGGAUUAAAUUACUCGUCGCUCUUUUCAUUGAAAACUUACGCAUCGCGACGGUUCUAACCACCCCCGAUGCUCAUUCGAAUACCCCUGGCUACAUGCAUGUUUUCUUGCUCCCGCGUGUGCAUGCAUAGAUCGUGAAAGAUAGAUUUGGUGUAUCUCCAUUACCUUUUCUUUUUUUGUGUGUUCUUGUUUUUGUAUUCUAUUUCUCCCUGUUUUCUUAAUAAUUCUUCUGUGUACACCUGGUCGAGUUUCAUGUCAGCUGGCUGCGCGAUCUUCCCCAUAUUCAUGAGAUUGGAACAUGUGCAGCUAUGAUGCCCGAGAGGUUUUAUGAUCAAUAACCGGCAGAGAAUAUACUUCUUCUUUCUCUA